ACCACUAAUUUUCCACAAGAGAAUUUCUGUUAAACUCAUCACAUUUGAAAGUGUCUUCAAAUAAACACAUUCUCAAAUUGAACAUACACACACAUAAAAGUAAUAUGCAUUUCCUCAAGUUUUCCCCCCUUUUUGUCUUCCUUUACUUUUUAUCUGUUACUCAUGCUGCCACUUUUGACAUUACCAAUCGAUGCACCUACCCGGUCUGGGCCGCUGCCUCUCCUGGGGGAGGCAGACGACUCGACUUGGGCCAAACUUGGAACAUUAAUGUGAAUCCAGGAACAACCAUGGGUCGCAUUUGGGGUAGAACCAAUUGUAACUUUGAUGGUAGUGGUCGAGGCAAAUGCCAGACUGGAGAUUGUAAUGGGCGGCUAGAAUGUCAAGGUUUUGGUACUGUACCCAAUACUUUAGCUGAAUUUGCACUUAACCAGCCCAAUAACUUGGACUUUGUCGAUAUUUCUCUAGUCGAUGGAUUCAAUAUCCCUAUGGAAUUCAGCCCAAUCAACGGUGGGUGUCGCAAAAUCCGAUGCUCAGCAGAUAUUAAUGGGCAAUGCCCAAGCGAAUUACGGGCACCUGGUGGAUGUAACAACCCGUGCACAGUUUUCAAGAUGAAGGAAUUUUGUUGUACAAAUGGACCAGGGUCAUGUGGUCCUACUGAUUAUUCGAAAUUUUUCAAACAAAGAUGCCCAGAUGCUUAUAGUUAUCCACUGGAUGAUCCAACAAGUAUGUUUACAUGUCAUGCUGGUACAAAUUACAAGGUUGUCUUCUGCCCAGAAGCAGACACAACAAUCGACAUACAAAACAAUUGUCCCUUCACGGUAUGGGCAGCAGCCGUCCCUGGUGGGGGGCGACGACUCGAAUACGGUGGAACAUGGAAAAUCGAGGCAAACACUAAAAACGGUCGUAUUUGGGGCCGAACCAAUUGCAAUUUCAACACAUUAGGCAAAGGUCAAUGUCAAACGGGGGAUUGUAAUGGAUUACUUGAAUGCCAAGCUUAUGGUACACCCCCAAACACUUUAGCCGAAUACGCCAUUAACCAAUUCAACAAUAAUGAUUUCUUGGGCAUAUCUCUUGUUGAUGGUUUCAACAUCCCAAUGGAAUUUAGUCCUGUGUCCGCGGAUGAGUGCUCUGUCAGGAUCACAUGCACCGCGGACAUAAUAGGACAGUGUCCGAAUGAAUUAAGGACUCCUGGAGGAUGCAACAAUCCUUGUACUGUUUUCAAGACGGCCAAAUAUUGUUGCACGUCUGGAACUUGUGGUUCGACCAAGUAUUCGAGGUUCUUUAAGGAUAAAUGUUCAACUUCUUACAGUUAUUCUUUGGAUAGUUCAACUAGUGCCUUCUUUUGUCCCAGUGGAACUAGCUAUAGAGUGGUAUUUUGUCCUUAAAUUAAAUGGAUCAAACAUAUUUUCUUUAAA